AUGUCGAGCGAAAUGACGCCCCUACUACGAUCCACAUCCCCGGAUGGUUCUGCGGCCGCUGGGCAGCAAGCACGCCGGUGGCCAUGGGCAUAUCUACGAGGGCUUGUUCUCAUUAUAUCAACCACCUCGCUAGCGAUAUUACUUUCCGGGUGUACCUCAUCUUUCAAUAUAACCCGUGAUCUGCACAUACUGUCGCUAUCAUACGACACUGCGUCGAACCAGAUGGCCAGCAUCCAAGCGUUAGAUGCCGUUUUCAGAGAUCGUAUCUCAGACAACUCGAACAUCAAAGAGGUCCGAGUCGGUUAUUUCGGUCUAUGUGCUAUAUCCAGCUCGGACUCUUUCAUUUGCAGCCCUCGUCCUCUCGACAUAGUCGAGUCUCUCAAAUCCUCGGGGCAGACUGAUCCUCUCAACUUGCUCUGGCUUGGGAAUCAGCUCCGGUCUGACGCAGUCUCGUCUACCUUUGUAUUCCUCGGCGCUGCCAUUCUAUUCGCCACAUUCAUCGGUGCACUGGUAGCUUCUGUCUCUUCCAAAUCGGAGGGAUCAGCUUCGUCAACCAUCUUCUCCAUCUUCCUAAACCGCUCGCUGUCUUUCACGUGUUUCGCCAUAUCGAUGUUCUUCGCCACCUCUGCUGCAUUCACCGCCGCCCUCUGGCAGAAUCUCGUGGGCACAACCUCCUCAUUCCUGGUAAAGAACCUGGCUUUUGGUACAAUUGCGUGCCAUCUCGGCCCUGCAGCGGUGGUGCUCGGCUGGACGAGCUUUUCAUUGGCCUGUUGUGCCUUUCUCACCCUUCUCAUCCCCCUUGGGGGACGCAACACUGCUGCUGAGCAACUGUAG